CAUCAUCAUCGUCUUCAUUGUUCUCAUUUUCAGAAACUCAGAUUAUUAUUAUUUUCUUCUUGUUCUGUCUCUCAAUCAACAACAACAAUGCCGAGCAGAUACCCAGGAGCAGUAACACAAGACUGGGAACCAGUAAUUCUCCACAAAUCAAAACAAAAGAGCCAAGACCUACGCGAUCCAAAAGCGGUUAACGCAGCGCUUAGAAACGGUGUCGCGGUUCAAACGGUUAAGAAAUUCGACGCCGGUUCGAACAAAAAGGGGAAAUCUACGGCGGUUCCGGUGAUUAACACGAAGAAGCUGGAGGAAGAAACAGAGCCUGCGGCGAUGGAUCGUGUGAAAGCGGAGGUGAGGUUGAUGAUACAGAAAGCGAGAUUGGAGAAGAAGAUGUCACAAGCGGAUUUGGCGAAACAGAUCAAUGAAAGGACUCAGGUGGUUCAGGAAUAUGAGAAUGGUAAAGCUGUUCCUAAUCAAGCUGUGCUUGCGAAGAUGGAGAAGGUUCUAGGUGUUAAACUUAGGGGUAAAAUUGGUAAAUGAAUAAACGAUGUCGUUUUGAUUUUGUAUUUUGUGGAUGCUUGUAAAAAGUAAAAACAAAAAUCUUGU